AUGAGCUCUUCUUCAUCGCAGAAGCCUGGGAAUGGGAAAAGAAGCAGUAUAAAGGGACUUAGGGGCAUUUUGAAGCGCAAUUCAGACAGCGGGGGAAAAGUUGUCAAGACGGAGCCUAAAAGAAGCAGGCCAUUUUGGCGUUCGUGGCCAAAACGGUACUCGAGCGAGCCCUUGCGGAACGAAAAUAGACUUCAGGCAAUAUACAGUGUCGACAUCUCUAUAGCCACUGCGAUAGUGAUAUGUUUUGCCCUGGCAGUGCUGCUGCUCGUAGUGAAGGAGAUAGGUCUGACGGCGCGACACUGUGUCAAAUGGGACCUCUGGACAUUUCUGGCCAUGGGUAAGAGGAGCUUCGUGAUGAGCGUGCUACAGAGGCUCUGUUACAAAAUCUGGGAGGGACUUUGA